AUCAUUUAUACCAUGAUGGAAAUCUUAAUAAAAAGAUAUAGUAAUUUCACAAUUUCUUGGAGUGGGCAGAGCAGAGAAAAACAUGGGUUCCCAAGUCCCAACACAUCUUAUUUCACUUGGAAUUGUCGCGCCGCUCGUGCGCUGUCACACUCCUUAUCCUCUGAAGCGGUGGUGCUUACCCAAACUGUGUGGCAGGUCUCGAAACCGCUACGCUACACCGGCAAAGCUGACGCUAGAGCAGAGAGGCAGCCCCCCGGGUCCCCCCCCCGCCUCCCGGGGGCAGUCGCCAGAGCAAGCAUCGCGGCAGGCUCGCACGCGCGGGUCCCCCUGUGCCGGCGACCGCGGCCGCGCCACGCCGUGCGCUGUCUCCGGGGACGACCCUCGGUGGCCUGCGCGGCCGCCGCCGACGCCGAUGUCGUCCGUCUCUUCGACGCCGCCAAGCUCACGGUGGACGAGUUUGUGAAGAGCGGGAUGGUGGUCGGGCUCGGCUCCGGCGCCGCGUCCGGGCUCGCCGUCCAGUACCUCGGCACGCGCCUCCGGCGAGGCUCGCUGACCGGCAUUGUCGGCAUACCCUCGUCUGUGAUCUGUGCAAGUGAGGCGGAGAAAGCCGGGAUCAAGGUCGGCAGCCACGAGGAAGGCGCCCAAAUUGAUUUUGCUUUCGCUGAUGCUGAUGUAAUUGAAGAGGGCACACUCGCUGCUGUCAUCGGGCGCGGGAAAACCGAAAGCGGACAGCCUUCUUUCAUACAAGAGAAGGGUAUUGUUGAAUCGGCUGACAAGGUUGCCUUUAUCAUUGACAACGACAAAUAUGUGAAUGGCAUCGAGGGAUCCAUUCCAGUUUUGGUCAAAAGUGGGAACUGGAUCGACACCGCUGAAGAGAUUGAUGAUUUGUUCCUAGGCGACGCAGAGGUUUGGAGGAGGCCAUCAAUUGGAACUGCCGGUCCAUCGGGAGGCGACUUCCCGCUGGUAACCAAGGAGGGCCAUCACAUACUUGAUGUUAUCUUCACAACCCCAAUCCAGGAUCUUGGAAAGGUAGCAGAAGACUUGGAGAAAAUCGUUGGCGUUGUGGACCAUGGGAUAAUUUGCAACACUAUGCCGUAUGCCGUAAUUGCGUCGAAAGGGGAAGUUCAGGUCUUGGAUCGGAAGUCAUCGGUGAUACCAAACACAUAAAUCUACAAUUGAGUUGCAGAGCAACCAUUUCCCCCGCAUUUCGACGGGAGAAUCUAUUGCGAGUUGGCUGGUGAAAAAAAAUGCAAUGAGUCAAACGUGCGAUAGCUAUUUUUUGUACCGUCCGACGUGUAAAAUUCUGUGUGGCAUGUCCAAAGUUUUCCCCUACGGAUGUAUGAAUAUGAUCUUCAGAUAUGUGCAGCUACUGACUCUGCUAGCACUCUGAAGAAUCUGAAUCACAUGUUUAUAUAAGUUGGUCAUGUUCGGCCUGAGGCAUCUGCCAGUUCGGCCUGAGGCAUCUUUUGCAGCUAAA